AUGCGAAAAUACAACGCCAUCAAAUCCCGCGGUACACCAGAAGAAGAAAAAUGCAGCAGCGAGCGUAAUUUCUGCGGCACCUGUUCGACGAUGCUCUGGUUGUGGGAUAAACAGUGGCCGGAACUGAUACAUCCGUUCGCGAGUGCGAUCGAUACUGAGUUGCCGGUUGUGGAUGAGAUGGUGUGUGUAAUGGGCAAUAGUAAGCCUGCUUGGGUGAGAUUGCCUGAGGGGAAGAAGAGUGUGCAUGAGGUUUAUGGGGAGGAUAGUAUUGAGGGGUGGCAUAAGAAGAAGGGGUUGUGGGUUGAGUAG